AUGAAGGCUGCUGCAACUGGACGGUUUCUUCUGGUGCUCAUGGCUUGCAGCGUGCAUGCUGUCACCCGCAGCAGCAGCAACACCACUCCUGGGAACCAAACAGAUCGACUAUCACUGCUUGAAUUCAAGAACUCGAUCAGUUUGGAUCCACAGCAAGCAUUGGCUUCUUGGAAUGACAGCACUCAUUUCUGCAAUUGGGAAGGUUUAGUCGGCCAAAUAUCUCCUUCUGCUCGAAACCUGACAUUCCUGAAACAGCUGUCCCCAGCAACAAACAGAUUCAGUGGACAAAUCCCAGCAGCCCUUGGCCAGUUGCAUCGCCUCCAAACCCUCUACUUGAGUAACAACACGUUACAUGGAGUUAUACCUACUUUUGGAAACUGUUCCAAUCUGGAGAUACUAUGGCUCAAUGGGAACAAUCUCGUUGGAGGAUUUCCGGACCUGCCACUUGGACUUAAACAGCUGGAGCUUGGAUCUAACAAUCUUUCAGGCACCAUCCCUCCUUCUCUUACCAAUAUCACAACGCUAGUGCCAACCAUUUGUUUCACUGGCGUGAUCCCUAGUUCCAUUGGCAAACUUGGCAAUCUCUACGGGCUGAAUCUUGAGUUCAAUAAACUUAAAGCUCGUAACAGUCAAGACUGGGAGUUUAUUUACAGCUUAGGCAACUGUAGUAACAACAAUUUCACAGGGUUUAUUCCAUCAUACCAUAUGAACUUGACUCAGUUAUCAGAUCUCGGACUUCAAGCCAACAAAUUCGAAGGGCAUGUACCUACAAGCAUAGGAGUUCUUCAAAAUCUUCAAAAUAGUUUCGGAGGAAGCAUACCCGUUUCACUAGGCAACAUAAGGGGUCUAGAAGUUCUGGACUUGUCUCACAAUAAUUUGACCUGGUCAAUACCGAUGUCCCUCACAAACCUCCAAUACCUUGAGCAACUAGAUUUGUCAUUCAACAACAUCAGCUGUCAGGUCCCAUUGAAAGGGAUAUUCAGUAAUGUGACUGCUGUGAGGAUUGAUGGAAAUCCAGGGCUUUGUGGUGGGCCAUUGGAGCUACACCUACUCGCAUGCCAUGUCAUGCCUGCUAAUUCAACCUUAGUCUAUGAGUUCAUGACACAAGGUGGCUUGCAUGAGCUACUAUACUCGACUCAAUGUGAUGGGAACACAUCAACUCGAAGCCACAUCACAAUGGCUCAAAGGAGGCCAACUGAUGAUAUGUUCAAUGGUGAGAUGAACAUUACAAAAUUUGUUGAGAUGAACUUUCCUGACAGGAUACCACAGAUAAUAGAUCCUGAACUACUAGUAGAGCAACAACAUUUAUGUCCAGAAACUUCAGUGGCCAUGAAGGAGAAAAGCAUGGAGUGUUUGCUUUCAUUCCUAAACAUUGGGCUUCUCUGCACCAAGCCGUCCCCGAAUGAGCGCAUCUGCAUGCAGGAAGUCACUGCAAGGUUGCACGGAAUCAAGAAAGCAUAUAUAUCAUAG